GACAGGAGCGAAGGACACAUACAAGUGCUUCCGAACUGAAGGACCUUCCUUACUACAGGCAAGUCAUUGAACCUGUCACAUCAUAGGCAAAUCAUUACUCUUUCUGUCAACCUGCAGAGAAAAAUCCUUAACAAGCGUGCAAGGAUCCAUAAAGGUUAUGUAAAAACCAUGGAGUCAGCAUUGACAAGGGCGAUCUCCUCAAAUGACGAAUGACGCUAAAGAAGGUGCACAUCGGUAAGAUGUAUGGUCCCUUACUCGUACCCCACAACGCCUGCUGCUCAAGCAACCCCGAGAAGACACAGAGGCUCAGGCUGUUUCUCUUGCUAAAGUGACAACCCCAUGAAAUGAUCGGUGGUACCUUUUCGAUCGAUGGCUGCCUACGGGUGACAGUAAAAUUGCAAACGCAGAUUUGUAUGUGUCGGACUGUAUAACCUUGUCAGGGAAACUCUUGGGGAUAAUGGCGUCCCUUCUAAAGUCCCCAACAAAGUCUCUCUCUCUCUCUCUCUCUCUCUCUCUCUCUCUCUCUAUCUAUAUAUCUAUCUCUAUCUCUAUCUCUAUCUCUCUCUCUCUCUCUCUCUCUCUCUCUCUCUCUCUCUCUCUCUCUCUCUCUCUCUCUCUCUCUCUCUCUCUCUCUCUCUCUCUCUCUCUCUCUCUCUCUCUCUCUCUCUAUAUAUCUAUCUCUCUCUCUAUCUCUCUCUCUCUCUCUCUCUCUCUCUCUCUCUCUCUCUCUCUAUCUCUCUCUAUCUCUCUCUCUCUUUCUAUCUCUAUCUCUCUCUAUCUCUCUAUCUCUCUUUCUCUCUCUAUCUCUCUCUAUCUCUCUAUCUCUCUCUCUCUCUCUCUCUCUCUCCCUCUGAUCUUAGUUAAAACAGAAUUGAAAAUCUACAAUGGAUCAGAAAGACACUUAAGUGUACAUUUCUUUUUUUUAAAAUUUAUUUCAGAAGUUUUGAUUUGACUUUUCAAGUCAAAUAAUUUACCACUAUUUAGACAUCUUUAAUUAUUGACCAGGUUCAGGGGCCGGAUGUCAGAAAUCAUGAACAGCUCUGAGUACCAGAAAGACAACGAGCUAUUCAAGCAAAAGUUGUGUGAGUCUUACAUACCAGACUACGAUAUCUUGCAACUUUCCAAGCUCUACUUCAUGGACAGGUCAGUAGUGUAGUUCAUUUAACGUGGGACAAUACUGGACAGGUCAGAACUAGAAUUAUUCAAUGUGGGACUGCACUGGUGAGGUCAGAACUAGAAUUAUUAUCUUAAACUGGACACCGGGUUGUAAAAAAAAAAAAAGAAAGAAAUAUUUCGCUGAAGUUUGUUCACUUUUUAUUCAAUAUUUAACUGAAAGUGCGUCACUUUUUAUCAAAUUAAACAGGCUUCAAAUCUGCCUGUACAUAUUUGAUACUUCUAAUUUUAUUAAAUUAAGGGCCAGGUGGUCUGAUCUAUUUUAAAUUGUUAGAUCUUUUAUAAAGCAGCCUAUUUUACCAGACCACGUGGCCCUUAAUUCAAUAAAAAAUUAGAUAACAACAUGUGUUUUUGUUGAGUUCUAGAAUAUUGAUCUUAGUCCCGAUGACAACCUGCAUUUGUUCAAGUUUCAAGUACUCGCCACCCCCACCCCCACCCCCUCCAAACUAGACCAUGAGUCAGGGAGAUGACCACUGUGGCGUUUUACCACUUAAGCUAGGUUUGCCCCAACGCCCAACAGGUGCCCCAACGUGUGCACAUCGCCAAGAUUGUCUCACGAUAACUCACAAGUAGUGGAACCUACAACCUAUGAAUUUGCUUCAACAACCAAGCACUAAUGAGAUCACGUGCCAUCAAAUACUUGAUUUAAAACACAUAUUAACAAAAUGUGUUACACAUUUGAACUCGAGACAUAACGACCGCCCAUACCUAGUCAUCUCGAGGACUUAUAGUCUAACAUAUUUACAUUUUCUCCUUAAGUUAAUUGUGUUUGAUUUCUCCCAAAACCUCCCCAGAGCUGUUCGGGAAAAUCCAUUUAAGACGACCUAUUUCAUGUGGAUGGAUGGUGGCUACGGACACGGAAAUGACGUGUAUCCAAAAGACGACGUGUGGACACCCAAAGAAUUAUUUGAACACGGCGAUAAAGUGACGUUCAUUGACCGGACCCCAGGGGUCCGAGCCUUUGAGAAGGACAAGGCCAGGCUCCACAAGAUGAGCAUCAACAUCUUGGCGGGGCUCUUCUUCGCCGGCGGCGGGCAGGCGUUCAAGGAGCUGUACGAGAUGCAGCAGCAACAGGUGGAUGAGUGGAUGAGAGACGGCGUCGUGGAUGACGACCAGACGAUGUACAUGUUGUUGUAUUACAAGAAGCCAUCUUUGUUUCAUCUGGUCCCCGGGGACUGGUAUGACGUGUUCAAACUGUUCAAUAAAAAUUUGACAGAAGUGACACCAUCACCGCGGUGAUAAUCGUGCGGGACUGACACACAUCACCACAGUGAUAUAUAUAUGGGGAAUGACACACAUCAUUACUGUUAUAUUCAAAGGAGACUGACACACCCUCAAUACAAUGAUAUUCAUCGGAGAUAGCAGGUCUCGCGGUCUUAUAUUAUUAGUUUCACACACAUCUCUGCCACGAAGUCAAAUUAUUUUUAUCCCGUUUCUAUUUUUAUAGCUAAAAGAACACAGGUGCGAUCAAAUUGCUCUUUUUAAUGGAUUUGUUUCGAUAUUUGUUUAAUAGCUUCGCAUUACUGUGUUGAAAUCAGA